AAGCAGCGACUAUAUAAUUUGUGAAAAAUAUUUUUUUAAGAUAUCAUUUUUGAACCUUAUACGUUGAACAAGAUCAAGAACAAGAGCAAAAAUAAGAAAUUUCUAAAAAACAAGACAUUUCUGAAAUAUUAACUUAACCUCUUUUAGGUUAUCAUGACAGAGAUAUUGCAUCAACGAGAAACCAGAAUGGCGACCACGUGCACAUCACCGCCCUUAGUGGUAGUGGUAGUGCAAGAAGUGGGAGAACCUGAGCGAAAAAAGGUUAAAGAAGAGGACGCAAAUUCUAAGUACAUUACAUCAGAAGAUAAUACAGAUGAGUUUUCAAUACUGAAAACAGUGUUUGGUUUGAAAAAAGAUGUAAUACAAGACGUUAAGCGGUGCCAAUCCAAUAUUCCAGACCAUCAAACCAAUAUGUACUAUGUUAAAAGAAUCCUUGAAGACAACCUAGAUGAUGAAGAAGAUGUACCUGAGAAAGGUAAACUAGAAGAAGUACUUGAGCGCUCUGGAUUUUCAAAAGAGAAAGCUUCGGAACUAUCACAAUGGCUUCGCAGAAUCGACCUGUUUGAAAAUCAGAGAUUAUUCUAUUGGGUGGAACGGUAUCUAGAUUUCUUGAAUGAUACGUUGCCUACUGAUCCAUAUCCACAUCAACCACAAAAGAUAGAAGAAAAAUUUGAGAAACCAGACAAAUAUAAUGCCACAGAACAGCCACGCGAAAAUGACGAAGAAUAUCGUUACAUAGUAUUCGCAAAUGUUCGAAAUGAACACAGUAAAUUUUUUACGACGAAUUUAAGAUUUUCGCACAUCGCCACUCCAUAUGAAGAUGGAUACUGGUAUCACGGUACAAGUCACAAGGCAGCUCAAUCUAUCUUUGAUAUAGGGAUAGACUUGAGCAAAGGAAAAGAAAAGCAGGAUUUCUCUGAUGGGCAUGGUUUCUACUUGACACCAAAUUUCGAAGAUGCGAAACAUUAUGCUUUGAAAAAUGGUCACCCUAGUGGAUCAAUUUUGGUGUUCAAGUUUAAUUUUGGCAAGUCCAGUCUGCAACGAUAUGCAAAUGAUAAACCACCUAAAGGUUUACACCUUACAGAUGACGAAGAAGGAUGGGAAUGUGUUGUGAAGCAUAACCGCACUGGAAAAGCCACCUCUUGUCCAAAACACUAUAAAAAGGCUGAGUAUGUGUAUGGUCCGAUGUCCAAUUACAAAGGAAAUCCAAGUCAUCCAACUAAACAUAAAGACUUCACAACCCCUCAAAUUUGCAUCAAGAAGGACGAGUUGGCAAUUGCAGUCCGCUAUGCGUUAAAGGAAAUAUAUUUUUUUCCAUCCAAAGUUAAGAAAAAGUAAAAAAUAUAAGUGAAGAAGUUCCUAUAAUUUGGAUAUACUAUUUUUAUUUAAUAUUUUGUCUUUAUGCGCACAUCGGAAAAAAUUUUUCUGCCAAACAACAAAUUUCAACAAAUUUUUUAACAAAAAUAGCAAUUACGCAGGAACGGUAAGGUUAAAUAUAUAAAACACAUUAUCUCCUCGCCCAAGUAUUUUCUAUUUAAUAUUAUGCGGAGUUUGUUUAAGGGACAAUUUAUGUGCAAGAAUUAGACCAUGAACAAGUUUUGUGGAUUCGCAACCAUCGAUUUUUCAAUUCAUGAAUGAGGUAUUCUCCUAAGGAAAAAAAGAUGUUGAUACUGUUCUCAUUAUAAUUUUUUAUAUGUGGUUUUAGAAAAAAAUUUAGGUUAUUUCAGCCUCAUUAUAAUUAUUUCUAGUUAUUUUAACUUGCAUUGUUUUGUUUUAUUUAAUAAGACAUUUGUUUUAUAAGACAUUUGUAAUAAUUUAAAAAAAAAGCAUAAUCUGUGAACAC